GUUCAUCUCGUCAGAGGCGGUGGUCGGUCGAUUUCGUGGUUCCCACCGAUCACACAGCCGCGCAACUCGAGCUGCUUCACGGACGACAUUGACUUCUUUUUGUAUUGCUUUAUUAUUUGUAAUUUUUUUUCAAGCCUAUUUUUUUGUGUAUUUUCCGGAGCUAAUUAUUGAAGCACCGCAGCACCACCAUGGGCGUGGAAGUCGAGACGAUAUCCCCCGGUGAUGGAAGAACAUUUCCAAAGAAGGGCCAGGCAUGUGUUGUGCAUUACAUAGGUAUGCUGCAGAACGGGAAGAAGUUCGACUCCUCAAGGGACCGGAACAAACCUUUUAAGUUCAAGAUUGGACGGAGCGAGGUCAUCAAGGGCUGGGAGGAGGGAGUCGCACAGAUGAGCCUGGGCCAGAGGGCGAAGAUCACCUGCACGCCAGAUAUGGCUUACGGCGCGACGGGCCACCCCGGGGUCAUCCCCCCCAACGCCACCCUCAUAUUCGACGUGGAACUGCUCAAGCUGGAGUGACUCCCGCGGGUGAGGCCCGAUUGAGGCCGCACAGGGAGCGCUCCGCCCCGCUGUGUUGACCCGCUGCUGCUUCGUCGCCAUCUUUUCACAAUAGAUCCUGCACGGAAAUAUUUCACGCCACGCAAGACUGUUUACACGCACGCCGACGUUCGGUUUCCUCGAUUGUUAGAGAUGCUAUUUACGGGGUUCGUAAGGUCAUGGAAAACCUGGAAAAGUCAUGGAAUUUUAAAAUGGUCAUUUCCAGGCCUGGAAAAGUCAUGGAACAAACUUAAAUCAUAAAAGUUUUGGAAAAGUCAUGGAAAUGUGUUGUAAUCACAUGUUCAUUUACGCCGAGUUUGAAAUAAUUAAUAUGUUUUUGAAAGAAAGACGCUCAAAAUAUAAGCCGGCGUACGCUCUCGAUACGCAACAUUUUCAUGUUUAUACCGAGAUUUCAGUUUCGUCAUGGACAUUUGGUUAAAAGUCACGGAAGAGUCCUGGAAAUCCAUUGAUCAAAAUGUGUAUGAAUCCUAUAUUUAGUUUACUUUCAUUUGAAGUUUAAUUUCAUUUUGUGGAACCACGAGGGAGAAAAAAAAAUCGGUCAUCUGAUGAAAAGCCGUACUUCAUUGCAAUCCAAAACAUCUACUGCCUUAACAGUUUCAGCAGCAGAGGAAAGGUACAUUCUGACUACUUCUGCUCCGAGUCUUAACCGGGCAUUAUAUACCACUGUCUGCAUUGCCACUUUGAUAAAGGUUUGACCUGCUGAAUGCUCUGAAUGACGUCGCUACGUGUAGUAUAUAUAUUUUAUAUCCCUCCAUAAACAUUCACUGCAAGUGUACCCUGUACAAUACAACCCAAUCCUGUACUGAACUGUACAGUGGAUUGACCGACUCUUGAAUAAAAAUGGCAUGUUUUAUGUUGAGGA